AUGUCUGGACGUGGCAAGAAACAUGCAGCAGCUGGCAAACCCGGAGCUGCACUGAAGAAAAACAAAUCAGCCAGGGCUGGUCUGCAGUUCCCCGUGGGCCGUAUCUACGGGCUCCUCAAAAGGGGCAACUACACUGACAGGAUCAGUCUUGGUGCUGCCAUCUACCUGACUGCGGUGCUGGAGUAUCUGACUGCAGAGAUCAUAGAGCUGGCAGGGAACGCUGCAGAGGAAAACAAGAAGAAAAGGAUCACGCCCAGGCACAUCCAGCUGGCCGUGAGAAAUGAUGAUGAGCUGAACAAGAUCUUCUGCUGUGUGACCAUCGCUGAAGGAGGAGUGUUGCCGAAUAUCCUUUCCCAGCUCCUUCCCAAUAAAACUGCCAUAGAUUCUUUUUCUUCUCAGCAACUAGGUGAUCAGAAGUGA